AAGAUUAAGGUUGCCAUCAUUGGCGUGGGUAACUGCGCAUCGUCCCUGGUGCAGGGCCUGAGCAAAUACGUUGAAUUGCCGGAUGACGAGAUCGUCCCUGGAGUGAUGCAUAAUCGCAUCGGGGAAUAUCGCAUCGAGGAUAUUGAGGUUGUGGCUGCGUUUGACGUGGACCAGAACAAGGUGGGCAAAGACCUGUCGCAGGCCAUUUUCACCGAACCCAACAAUACGAUAAAGUUCUCCGACGUGCCUUACCUGGGUGUGCCGGUGGAACGCGGAAUGACUCACGACGGGAUCGGGCGCUACCUGGCCGACGUGGUGGUGAAGUCGCCUCACAGCACCGCGGACAUUUCGGGAAUCCUGAAGGACCGCGAGGUGGACGUGGUCAUCAAUUACCUGCCGGUGGGCAGUGAGAUGGCGACCAAAUGGUACGUGGAGCAGAUUCUUGACGCGCGCUGUGCCAUGAUCAACUGCAUCCCGGUGUUCAUCGCCCGCGAAGAUUACUGGCGGGGUCGGUUCGAGGAACGCGGCGUACCCAUCAUCGGCGACGAUAUCAAGUCGCAGGUUGGGGCCACCAUAGUUCACCGCGUGCUGACGCGCCUGAUGGAAAACCGGGGCGCGGAGAUCGACAAUACGUACCAGCUGAACUUCGGUGGCAAUACCGAUUUUCUGAACAUGCUGGAGCGUGAACGUCUGAUAUCCAAAAAAAUCUCCAAGACCGGGUCGGUUACCAGCCAGAUGGAUGAAGAGCCAGAAGCCGAUAUGAUCCACAUUGGCCCCAGCGACCACGUGCCGUGGCUGAAGGACCGGAAAUGGUGUUACAUCCAUAUUGAUGGGAAGGUGUUCGGCGGGGCUCCGGUGAAGCUGGAAGUGAAACUGGAGGUUUGGGAUAGCCCAAACUCGGCGGGCGUGGUGGUGGAUGCCAUCCGGUGCGCCAAGCUGGCACUGGACCAUGGUCAGAGUGGUGCAGUGAUCGGUCCGUCGGCAUACUUCAUGAAGAGUCCGCCGAUCCAGUUUACCGAUUCCGAAGCCCACGACAUGGUGGAGGAGUUCAUCGCCGACCCGGAGGUAGCGGCAGCGAAGAUCGUGAAACCCGGAGGCGAUGCGUAG